AUGGUGCACGAGAAGGAGGCUUCCCUCGAAAGAGCCGAAAUGCCAGCUCCCGCCGUCCCUCUUGAACCGGAAGGCCGUACCACUCCGUGGUCAGGUCCGGACUACGCGGAAUGUGGCGCCAGCGAUCUGCACAAAGUCCAAUUUGUACAUUUGGGCCUACAGCUGGCAACGCUACUGAUGCUGGCAGAACACCUUCCCUGCUCGAAGAAGUUGCUCCGGAGAAUGCAUCCCGCGGUGGCUCUGUUCCUACCACUGGUCGGUUACUGUCUGGGAGCGGUUCGCCUGGGUAUGGACCUCUGGGCGGUGGAAUGCGGUGACAAGAUGCAUCCCGGCCUCGAGAUUGCCGUGUUGGAAUUCGCGGUGAUUGUGUGCACGCAGCUUCUCUCUUUGCGUGUGCUGUGGAAAGAGAUGGAGGUCAUCUUCCCAGAUGAGGAUACCGCAGGAUGGAGGAAGUACCGUGUUCGUCUGGUCUGGGUUGUGGCGACAACUCCGGAUUCUACAGUCGAAGCGGCACGACUCCAUCAGGAGUAA